ACAAUUGAGUGCAUUGACGGAUCUGAUGAAAAAUCCGAAUUGUGCGGUAGAAGAAUAUUAGUUAGACCAACUACAGUACCACCUACGACGGCGGUACCCAGGUGUGAAUUACCAGAACAACCCCUAAACGGUUCGUAUAGUGUGGUCAGUGAAAGCAACACCACUCAGACUGAUCAUGUUUAUUUAAACUACACGUGUGAUCCAGGAUUUAAGCUUGAUGGGUAUUCAAAUGUUUUAUGCUUGGAGGGCACUUGGCCUGAUAAGAUGCCUCGGUGUGUACAAACAUGUCGGUUAAUUAAGCAUGCCAGUAUAGAGUACGAGUGUACAGAAGAUGAAACGGAAAAGCCCAGGCCGUGUAAUGUGGAAGAAACCGAGGGAACAAUUGUCAAGACUUCAUGCCGAAAACCAAAUUACUUUUCCCCGGUUGAGCUGCCGUACAUGCAUUGUCAACAGGGAAUGUGGAGCUCGGGACCCAUUUGUACUGCAGAAUGUGGAACCCUACCGCCAAAGAGCACACCGUUGGUGCUGAAAGGAUCGACGGCGAGGUUUGGCGAGGUGCCUUGGCACGUAGGGAUUUACUACAAAAAUCCCGUAUCAAAGAAACAUGUGCAGAUCUGUGGCGGCUCUUUAAUUAGUAACACAAUUGUGUUGUCAGCGGCUCAUUGCUUUUGGAAUGAAAACACUCAAAGAGUGCAAGACGUGGCGAACUACGCCGUGGCUGUGGGCAAACUAUUCAGGGAGUGGAAUCAUCCAGACGAUGAGCCAUUUGCACAGAAAUCUGACGUGUCGGAGAUAGUCGUGCCGAAGUUAUACCGCGGUUUGGAACUUUAUUUUAAAAACGAUAUUGCUAUAGUAAGAGCUUCGAGACCAUUUGAAUACAAGCUCUACGUGGUGCCAGUUUGUUUGGAUUUCAACGAGGAGUUCAGCAACAUUCAGCUACGGAAUGGAAACCGCGGAAAGGCCGCAGGCUGGGGUCUAACAACAGGAAUGGUGGGGUCCGAGUCAUCCAUAUUAAGAGUGAUCAACUUACCCUACGAGGACUACGAGAGCUGCCUUAAUUUGACUCCGGCAGCAUCAUCGAGGUACAUCACAUACGACGACAAGAUCUGCGCUGGCACUUUAGAUGGUGAGGCUCUGUGCAGAGGAGACAGCGGCGGUGGCCUUGCCUUCCCCUCCUCAAUUUCUGGACGAAUGAGGUUCUACUUACGCGGCAUCGCUUCAACGAGUCCGCCAACUAACGACCAAACUGUGUGCAAUACUCAUUCUUUGACUAGCUUCACUUCGGUUAUCAAAUUUGAGAAAUUCAUAAAGGCGUAUUGGUAUCCAUGA